AUGACGACCAAGUGCUUACUCCUCCAUGGAGAGAUUGAGCGCUAUCAGGACGCGCUUCAAACGCAGGCCUCAUCGGACCCGAAGACACGACAGGUCGAAGAGGAUAGAGGAAUCCAACGCAUCUGUGAAUCGUGUGGCACAAUUCAGUCCGACUGGUACUCCAUCGAGCAGGACAUCGACAAAGAACGACUUCAAGCAAGCGUUCGGGAGCUUGAAGAUGAGAAGUCAAAGAUCCUGCACGAGCAUCAAAAUGCACUAGCAAACGCUGCCGAUCAUGUCCGCGAUGUCACGCAAAAGAUGGAGAGUCUUGAGUCAACACGGGAAAGAUCCCAGGGCCAAAGAGGAUCGCCACCGACCGAACAAAUAACUUCGGAGGCCAGUGCAGCCUAUAGAAAGAGCAGAAAGCGAAAACAGUCGAUGAAGCCUAAAGAGGGGGUGUGA